AUGGAGACAGCCAGCAGCAGCUUCCAGCGCCAGCAACAAAGCGCUUAUAAAUGUUAGUUAUUUACCUUUAAAUUGUGGCACAUAACCGCGCAGAUAAUAGUUGUAUUGACGUGUGAGUUUAUGCGCUGCUCAACGACCAGUCAGCCUACCAUAUGGUUAGCACAUUAUAAAUACUGCUGUGUUUUCCUUCAGGGACAGAUGAGGACACCAAGCGGCUAAUCCGGUGGUGGGGACGGAACAAGGCCCUGUUCACGGGCAAAAGGAAUACCGCCAUAAAAGUUUUUGAGUAAGAAAUUUGUGUUCAUGCACUCAACACAAACAUUGGCCAGGUCGGCCUCUAGCUUUGUUGUUAUCAGAGCAGCAUUCUACGAGCUGCAAACGCCCCCCACCACUCGACAGAAAAUAAUACGAGAGUUACUAUGGGUUGAUUACAAGAUGGGGAAAAAAGCCACUGCCUAACACAGAAAUAAUAUGAAUAUGGAGAACUUGAGGACACAUUAUGGUAACUGUAUGUCAAAGGUAAAUGUGAACAUUGUUCUGACAGUGGCUUGUAGGCACUUGCCGCGUUCAUAUGCCCUUUUGAUUGCCCCUUGUUCGUCAUCUUGUUUAGGGCUCUCAUCAAGGAGCAUGGGCUGGAGGGCCAGGUGGAGCCAGGUUUUACAAAAAAAAAAAAAAAAAAAAACGGGAAAACCUCAAACAGAAAUAUAAGGUAGGUGGAGGUAUGACAAACACUUCAGUAUUAAGGUUUGGCACCAAUAUAGUGAAUGCUUAUUUUUACGAUAAAAUCUGAUUAUGUCAGAGCUCAAACAGUCAGUGUGAAAGGGACCCAUGUUAUCAGAUUAUCUUUGUGUGUGUGUCAUUUGCCAGGAAAUCAAGGCACCAUCAACAGGGGUCAGCACAGAGGGAGGAGAGGCCACUGCUGCAAACUUGAAAAAGUUUAACAUCAUGGAUGAGGUGAUGAGGGACCGUCCCACCAUAUCACCGCUCAACCUCAUCACCUCAUCCAUGACACCAGCAGCAGUGGCCUCUCCUCCAAAUCCAAAUUCUGAGUCUCCUCCUGUGAGAGGGAGGAGAACAAAUGAAUCAAGGAGCAGAGAGUGGCUCCAGGAAUGGAUGAAAGACUUUGAGGAGAGGGAGGAUGAAAGGUUGCAGCAAACAGAGGAACGGGAACGUCGGGCAGAGGAGAGAGAGAGGCAGGAAAAGAGAGAGAUGGAGGAAAGAUGGGCAAGAAGAGAGCGAGAGUGGAGAAGAAAGAAAGAAGGAAUGCAGACAGAAGAGAGCAGGAGAGGAGAAAGUGGAUGGAUAGAAGAGCAAUGGAAGAAAGGAAAGGGAGAAGGAGAGUAG